GUGCUGAGGUAUAAAUUCCAGACACCGAUCCAGACACCCAUCGUUCUCACAGAGAAGAAGGAACCUUAGAGAUGGAUCCUGCCCAGCUCAAAGAAAGUGUCCUCAGCUUCAGGCUGGAUGAUGGGCCUCGUGGUAAUCAGGGCUACUCCCGGGUUCUCCUGCAGCUCUUUGGUUACAUGGGUAAUGGGAAGUCCUCCUUCAUCAACUCCUGUAAGUACGUGCUGGAGGACAGUGAUACAUACACACCAUUCGCUGUUGCUGGAGAAGGAUCAGACGGAGGAGCCCUGACAAUGGAGAGAAAAUCCUACGAGCUGACCGAGAACAUCACCAUGGUGGACAACAGAGGGUAUAACAGGAUUAACAGCCUUGAGAGAGCAGAGAUCUACGCCCAACUGGGAAACUUCAUCCCCAUCGGUGAGAAGGUGGAGUGGAUGGAGAACUACACAGAUAUGAUGAACCGGCUGCAAGAUGCUGAACUGAACCCCAACUACUCCGACUUCAUCGUCCCCAUCCUAGUACACAGCGCUGCAUCUGUGUUUUCUGACAGUGAAAGAAAAGAAGUGCAAACAUUUAUGAAAAACUGUGUGCAGAUGACAGGAGUCGUCCCCAUCGUUGUCAUCACCAAAAAAGAGAGCGGAGAUUUCAUUGAACUUGACAAGAAGUUCAGGCUGAUGGGAGCCGAGGAGAUUAUAGCGAUAGAGAACUACACCGAGAAAGACCAAAUCAAAACCCUGCGGAGAACCAAGGACAUCCUGACCAUCCUUCAGAAAGCCCUGGACGGAGUCGGAUACCGUCUGGGACAAGGAAGAGACGCCCAGACAGAAUGGGUGGAAAGGAAGACGUUCCUGCUGGAGUUCAUAUAUAACGCUGACCUGGAGAAGAGAGAGCAAGAACGGAUAAAAGAGGAAGUAAAGAAAAGAGAUGAAGAACGGAAAAGAGAGCAAGAACGGAGAAGAGAGCAAGAACGGGGAAGAGAGCAAGAACGGGGAAGAGAGCAAGAACGGAUAAAAGAGGAAGAACGGAAAAAAAAUGAAGGAAUUUGCUCAAUAAUGUAGAAGCAGCACUAUCUUCAUACGACUACAUAAAUGACGGCUGCAGGAGGCGUCGCCUCCACAUCAUUUUCUUCUGUUUCUGGUGAAUUGUAGAUUGGAUGUUGGGGGUUGUAGUUACCCGCCACCACUGCUAUAUCUAUAUAUAAUAGUAGAGAAGCCACCGACUCCCUGACUGGCCGCUCCUGUCUCCACUGAUCUGUUCUAUUCUGUAUUACUGAGAUCUCUGA